CUUACACCCGUGGACCUCUCUCAUCUUCCAUAGUCUUAGACUCAGCUAGGACGUUAAACUAAUCAAUCAAUCAUUACACCUGUGGACGGGUGAAGCGGUCGUGCCCAGUCUAGUCCAUUUCUGUCGCUAGCGUACAAAGUCCUUUCCUUCCUGCGCUCUCCGCCCGCGACGCGUAUCAGAGAUCAUCCUCACGCUUAUUGUGCAUUACUGAACACUUCAAGACUGUCUGCGGCGCCUACUUCGAAGCUGUCACGAACCCUAACCUUUUAUUCGCUACCUUUCCCUGGGCAUAACCACAGUCGUUGCUGAGAAAACUUUUCUUACUCGCCCAAGAACUUCCUGUGAAGAAACUACGUCAAAGUCAUUGGAAGCUCUAAACAUUCACUCCAGAUAUGACAGACUUCCAGGCAGCCACAGAUCGCUUCUUGAGCUGGUUCAAGUCAGCAGGUGGUGAAUUCAGGGAUGAUCUUAUUGAAAUCCAAGACCUAAGGUCUCAAGGCGCAGGUCGAGGCAUCGUGACUAAACAGGACAUACCUCAAGACUGUACGCUGUUCACGAUACCCAGGUCCGCCAUCAUCAAUGUUGAGACAUCAGAACUCCCAAAGAAACUGCCAAGAACUUUCGAAGCCGCAUUUGAAGAAGAGGACGAAGACACUGAGCCGCUCGAUCCUUGGGAGUCAUUGAUCUUGAUAAUGCUGUACGAGCAUCUGCAGGGUAGUGGGUCACGUUGGAAGCCCUACUUAGAUGUCCUGCCAACAACUUUUGACACGCCCAUGUUCUGGACCGAACCGGAACUCAAAGAGCUGGAAGGCACCGUCUUGACGCAGGAGAAAAUCGGAAAGCAAGCCAGUAACGAAAAGCUUCGCUCCCGUAUCAUUCCUGUUGUUCUGCAAAACUCAGCGGUCUUCUACCCUGCGGACGCUGAAGAGCUUGGAGAAGAACAAUUGCUCAGUCUCGCACAUCAGAUGGGCAGCACUAUCAUGGCAUAUGCGUUUGAUUUGGACAACGAAGAAGACGAUCCAGAAGAGGAUGAAGAUGGCUGGGUAGUUGACAAGGAUGCACAGAGGAUGCUGGGCAUGGUGCCUAUGGCUGACAUCCUAAAUGCCAAUGCCGACUUCAACGCACAUGUCAAUCACGGCGUAAGUCUUGAAGUCAUUAGUCUUCGUUCUGACGUAAAAGCUGGGACCGAAAUCUUGAACUACUAUGGGGCUAUGCCUUCAUCUGAAGUGCUGAGGCGCUAUGGUUAUGUCACGCCUGAGUACCACAGAUACGAUGAGGUUGAGAUUCCCCGUAGCGCUGUUGCGAAAGCAUUGAGCACAGCAACUGGCCUGUCACCUUCGAACCUGACUGAUAUGGGAGUCGGGAUAGGCACAGAAGAGAAUGAAGAGCCCUUCAUCAUUGAGCGCGACUCAGGCGCACCCAACGAAGAGGGUCGUUUGGUAGACGAGGCAAAGAUGAAUGACUUCCCAGAGCUCGAGGAAGAAUUGAAAGAUGCACUAAAGAUCAUCAAGAAGCACAAGCCAGAGGUUGUAGCAGAUAAGAGAAAGCGUGAUGAGAUCGCAAACGCAGUCAUUGCUGAAGUGUUGACGGAGAAGCUUACAGAGUAUCCUACAUCAGUACGGGAGGAUCGGGAUUUAAUGAAGAAAUCUGAUCUUACGAACAAACACCGAAUGGCAAUCGAGGUCAGGUGGGGGGAGAAAGUACUACUCGAAGAGGCCAUUGCCAUGCUGAAGGCAAGGACCGAUGCUGCGAAUACCGAGAGUGAUGAACGCCCAGCGAAGAAGAUAAAGAGCCAGGCAUAAGAUUAACCAACCCAACGAAAAGAAUGAACAGGCAACAUCGUGGUCUGCUC